CUAGUCUGCGUCAUUUUGACAUCUCUAUUUCAUGGGAAUUUAAUUUAGUAGGCCGUAAACAAAGACCAAAUCUGACGAAUCACUGACUAAAGCGGAGCGAGAUGUCCGUGAAGCACGACUGGUACCAAUCGGAGGCCAAGGUGGUCAUCACCGUGCUCCUGAGGAACGCCGCCGAGAAGCACUACGCGGUGGAGAUCUCCGGGCAGCGCGUGCACAUGACGGCGGACGACUACGAGCUGGACCUCCUGCUGCUGCACCCCAUAGUGCCGGAGCGCUCCUCGCACAAGGCCUACUCCACGAAGGUGGAGAUCACCCUGGCCAAGGAGACGGGCGUGCGCUGGGAGGCCCUGGAGAAGCCGGCUGCCGCCGCCGCAGCAGCCGCUCCGCCCAAGGCCCAGGCCAAGAACUGGGACAAGCUGGUCAGCGAGGAGGAGAAGGUGGAGGAGAAGGAGGCCAAGGGCGAGGCGGCGCUGAACAACCUGUUCAAGAAGAUCUACAGCUCCUCGUCGCCCGAGGUGCAGAAGGCGAUGAACAAGUCCUUCUCCGAGUCCGGCGGCACGGUGCUCAGCACGAACUGGGGCGAGGUGUCCAAGGAGAAGGUGACCGUGAAGCCGCCCGAGGGAACCGAGUUCCGCGAGUGGGACAAGUAGUGGCAGCGAAGCUGGAGAGAGAGAGGAAGAGAGAUUAUAUAUACACAUGUUUUUACACAGGAUCGGUUGGAGGCCCGCUAUUAACACUAUUAAACUAACAAAACAACUGUUUUUAAUAAAUAUGAUUUAAGCAUUGCA